AUGCGUGCAGCGGUCCUGGAGGUGGAGACACCGACAUUUCGGACCCUGUCCCCCGGCCCGGAGCGGACCUCGGCUUGGACGCGCGGCCACGCGCGGGACCUGCGGCUGGUGCGGCCCGGCCAGGCGCCCGUCCAGGGGAUAAAAGGCGAGAGAGGACAUGGCCCCCCCGGAACACUCUCGGUAAGAGGGGAUUCUGUGCAGUCCCGAAUCAUCCGUCUCUACCUCUUCCUGUCACCGUCGGGGAACACACUCAUAAUCCUCAUCGAUCUCGUGUCUGGGAACCGAGCCUUGUGUUUCAGGGGCUGGCUGGCGGUGACCAUCGGCGUUCUGAGUUUGAGGCCCUCGGACGGCAGGGAUUUGUCGGGCUCCCGUCCCAACAUCCUCCUGCUCAUGGCGGAUGACCUCGGCAUUGGAGACGUUGGCUGCUAUGGCAACAACACAAUCAGGACGCCCAAUAUCGACCGCCUGGCACGGGACGGCGUGCGGCUCACCCAGCACAUCGCCGCGGCCGCCCUGUGCACCCCAAGCCGGGCUGCUUUCGUGACGGGCAGGUACCCUGUCCGCUCAGGUAUGGUGUCCAGUGACGGUUCCCGUGUCCUCCAGUGGACCGGAGUCGCCGGGGGCCUCCCGACCGACGAGAUAACCUUUGCGGAGAUCCUCCAAGGUCGAGGCUACACCACGGGACUGAUAGGUAAGUGGCACCUGGGUCUCAACUGCGAAUCCUCCACGGAUCACUGCCACCACCCGCUCCACCACGGGUUCGACCAUUUCUACGGGAUGCCCUUGUCCCUGAUGGGAGACUGCGCGCACUGGGACAUGUCGGAGAAGCGCGCCAACCUGGAGCGCAGGCUGCACGUCCUGGCGCAGGUCCUGGCCCUCGCGGUCCUCACGGUCAGCGCCGGCAAACUCACCCGCCUCCUGAGCGUCUCGUGGGCGCCGGCCAUCGGGUUGACCGUCGGGUGCGUCCUGUCCCUGGCGGCGGCGUCUUGCGUGGGCACAAUGAUUGUCCACGCCGACUGCUUUCUCAUGAGGAACCACACCAUCACGGAGCAGCCCAUGGUGUUCGCCAGGACGACCGCGCUCAUCCUCAAGGAGGUCUCGUCCUUCGUCAAGAGGAACCAGCAAGGACCUUUUCUUCUCUUUGUGUCUUUUCUACACGUCCACAUCCCUCUAGUGACUACCGAGAAUUUCCUUGGGAAAAGCCUCCAUGGGCUGUAUGGGGACAAUGUACAGGAGAUGGAUUGGAUGGUGGGGCAGAUCCUGGAUACUUUGGACACAGAAGGUCUGACCAACAGCACCCUCGUUUAUUUCACGUCGGAUCAUGGGGGAUCCUUAGAGGCUCGGCAGGGGAACCACCAGUAUGGCGGCUGGAAUGGGAUUUAUAAAGGAGGAAAAGGCAUGGGAGGCUGGGAAGGCGGGAUCCGUGUCCCCGGGAUAUUCCGGUGGCCAGGGGUGCUGCCCGCCGGCCGGGAGGUCCAUGAGCCCACCAGCCUGAUGGAUGUGUUCCCCACCGUGGUCCGGCUGGGAGGCGGCGAGGUGCCCCAGGACAGGGUGAUAGACGGCCUGGACCUCCUGCCCCUGCUGCGGGGGACGGCCCCGCACGCCCAGCACGACGUCCUGCUGCAUUACUGUGAGAGCUUCCUGCACGCAGCCCGGUGGUUUCAGCAGGACCGAGGAGCCCUGUGGAAGGUGCACUUCCAGACGCCCGCCUUUCACCCCGAAGGCGCAGGUGCCUGCUACGGGAGAGCCGUCUGCCCCUGCUCCGGCGACACGGUGACGCGUCACGACCCACCUCUGCUCUUCGAUCUCUCGAGAGACCCUUCCGAGGCCCACGCCCUCACGCCGGACACGGAGCCCUCGUUUUACCACGUGAUGGCCAGAGUGGCACAGGCCGUGGAGGGCCAUCGCCGGACACUCCGCCCCGUGUCCCUGCAGCUGGACACGCUGAGCAACAGCUGGAGGCCAUGGCUGCAGCCCUGCUGUGCGCCGUUCCCCCUCUGCUGGUGCUCCCGGGACGGGGACGGGCCGUAG